CUGAGGAUUUCCCUGUAGCCGACACCACUCGCCCUCGAGGUGCAAUACCGUAUAGACAUCAGUAUGAUCCUUUUUACCAAGCAUCUUUGUGCCGCUGUCAGCUUAGCGCUACUCAUUACGUGCAUCUCUGCUGAAUACGACACAAAGGAAGUUGACUUCACUGGUAACGGUGGGAGAGCGAAUGAGGCCAAUGGAGUUUGUUCCGGUUCCAGUUGCGUGAAGAGAACAUUUAAUGGCGUUUCUGGUGCAAUGUGGUUUGGUCCACGAUUAGGAAGACGACGAAGAUCGGAUGAGAAGAGUGAAGCUGAUGUAGAUGAGAUCAACGCUAUAGCGGAAGCAUUAAACGCUGCACCAUGGGCUCUCGUAUCCAUACCAGAAGGCAAACGUCACGCUAUGCAAGUCUUUACACCGCGUCUUGGCAGAGAAUUGGCUGAGGAUUAUUUACUUUAUAAUUCUUUGAACGGUGCCGCCCAGGGUGGAAGCCAAGACGACGUUGAGCAACGUUCACCACCUUUUGCACCGCGCCUAGGUCGUCGUCUACCCUUCAUGCCAUCCCCAAGACUUGGUCGUCAGCUUCGUGCCUUUCUACGAAAGGUUUAAUCAGUCCAAGAGACGAGGAUCCCAGAAUGUCUCCAGGACGGAUACACGUUGAUCGUUAUGCAAAAUCAAUUACCGGGAAUGACAAGAAAUCUCUCUCUUUGACAAUGUGUUGCAUAGAAACUGCAUGCAAAUUCCAUUAUUUGAGAACCUGGAGAGAUUUCCGAAACAUAGUAGUACAUUAGUGAUUGCAGAACAUAAACCGAGGAAUAACAGGCAUAUUUAUAAUAUACAAAAGAUAUGUAUGUGAACGUCGAUGACGAUGACCAACCAUUUCCAUGCGAAAUCCUUUGAUACAAAGCCCAUAAUAUUAUUCCCCAUCCUCAUAUAUUUAAAGCCGUUUACGAUAAUAUGAAGUGAAGGAAAAAAGUUUUUAAACAAAAAACCGUUACAUAUAUCGAAAAGGAGACACACCCAAAGAUUAUUGAUCGAGUGGAGAGACUUCUGUAUACAUGUUUUACUCAAUGGCCAAUAAAUCUUUUACGAAGGAAA